UCUUCCUUGAUAUCGAUCAAGACUUCCCAGUGAAGCCAGGCGGCGGCGAGGUCUGAGAGGAAUGGACAGCCGAGCAGCAGAGAGGAAGAACCCUAACCCUAACCCUAACCCUAACUGGGCGCAGCUCCAGAAGAAGCUGAAAUCUCAUCGCCCCAGACCAUCCCCCACCACCAACUCCACUGCGGAGGAAUCAGCGACCUCAUCGGUGUUGGGCAAGCGCAAGGAGAGGCCGGGGUCGGAGCCGGAGCCGGAGCCUGAGGUAUCUCCGGCUUCCGUUCUAUCGCCGACGUCGGAUGAUUGCAGUUUGACGAAGGCGUUAGCUAUGGAUUGUGAGAUGGUCGGAGUGAGCUCCGAUGGUAGCAAGAGCGCUCUUGGGAGGGUCACUCUGGUUAAUACAUGGGGUAAUGUUGUGUAUGAUGAAUAUGUCCGGCCGAUCGAGCGAGUUGUUGAUUUUCGUACAAAAAUCAGUGGGAUCCAUCCCAGUCAUUUGAAGAAAGCUAAAAAGUUCUGGGUUGUACAGAAGGAAGUAGCAGACAUGAUCAAGGGAAGGGUCCUUAUAGGCCAUGCUUUGCACAAUGAUCUCAAGGUACUAUUAUUGAGUCAUCCAAAGAGGGAUAUACGGGAUACAUCAGCAUAUCAGCCUCUACAGAGGGAAGGCCGAAGAAGAGCACUCAAGGAUCUUGCAGAUGAGGUUCUUGGUGUCAAGAUACAACGGAGACAGCACUGUCCUAUAGAGGAUGCCCGAGCAGCCAUGCUCAUCUAUAAGAAACACAAGAAAGAAUGGGAGAAGAGUAUUAAGGGGCACUUCAGGUUGAAGAAGAAGAAGCUUAAAAACAAGAGCAAGAAGAAUCCAGCAAAUAGAAACAAACUUUUUAUGCAACAUGAUGGUGAGACUACCACAGGUUAGUAACUCAGCAUGGUUUUUGAAAGAUGCACCAAGCUACUCACCUUCAUAGCUCAGGCAUUGUGUUCAAUAUUAACCAUUGUUCUUGCAUGCCCACUUGCUAGCAAGUAGCCAAGUUUGUUUUGGAAGAUGCACUAAACUAUGCUCUACACGCCUUCAUAGCUCAGACAUUGUUUUCAAAGUUAAUUAUUGUUCUUGCAUGCCCAUUUGCUAGCGAGUAGCCAAGUUUUGACCACUGAUGAUUUUGUGUUUUCUGUGCCACAUGUGAAAACCGAAUGGUCAAUUGGCAUAAUCCACACUUCCUAGUCAUGUGUCUUUAUCAGGUUGUAUUUUGUAGUAUCUAUUAAACUCUCAUAGUUAUGCAUUCAUAUCGGCUCGGAAAUACUAAUAUAUCGAUACCAAUCAA